UUCCGGUCCGCUCCAGCCCCAGCUGGCCCGUGACGCCUUUCUAAACAACAGCCCGGCUCCCCCUCACCUCCUGCCCCGAAUUUUCUCAGUUAAAGCGUCCUGUCCUAUCUCGCGGGAGCGUCGGAAGCGGUUCCCACAGGGAACUGCAAUCCAGAGAGGAGCUCUGCUGUCUUUGGAACUUUCCGGAAUCCCCUGACGCCUGCGCUCCCCGUUCCAGCUCGCUCGCUCGCUCGCUCGCUCGGGAUGCGAGACGCGGCCGCAGUCGGUCUGAAGUGAGGGCGUGUCUGCUGCAGGAAGAAAAACCAGGAAGGAUAAAGGAUUGCUGGAACAGUCAGGAAGUUCCUGCACUCUCUACAUGUAGCAAUGCCAAUAUCUUUCGAAGAAUAAAUGCCAUUUUGGAUGAUUCUCUGGACUUCAGUAAAGUCUGCACAACGCCUGUAAAUCGAGGAAUUCAUGAUCAUUUGCCAGAAUGGCCUUUGGAAAAAAAGAGCAACAGUUUCCCAGAAUGACUGACUUCCAGGACUCUGAAGAAACAGUUACAAGCAGGAUGCUUUUCCCCACCUCUGCGCAAGAAUCUCCCCAAGGCCUCACAGAUGCAAAUGGCUUGUGCCUUGGCCUGCAGUCACUCAGUCUGACUGGCUGGGACCGACCCUGGAGCACCCAAGACUCAGACUCCACAGCCCAGAGCAGCACACAGUCGGUAUUAAGCAUGCUCCAAAAUCCGCUGGGAAAUGUUCUAGGAAAACCCCCCUUGAGCUUCCUGUCUCUGGAUCCCAUUGGGUCUGACUUGGACAAGUUCCCAGCACCCUCAGCUAGAGGAUCUCGCCUGGACACCCGGCCCAUCUUGGACUCCCGUUCUAGCAGCCCCUCUGACUCAGACACAAGUGGCUUCAGCUCUGGAUCAGACCAUCUUUCAGAUUUGAUUUCAAGCCUUCGCAUUUCCCCUCCUCUGCCCUUCCUUUCUAUGACGGGAAAUGGCCCCAGAGACCCUCUAAAGAUGGGAGUUGGGUCCCGAAUGGAACAAGAACAAGCUGCUCUUGCUGCAGUUACUCCCUCUCCAACCAGCGCUUCAAAGAGAUGGCCAGGAGCUUCUGUAUGGCCAUCCUGGGACCUUCUCGGAGCUCCUAAAGACCCUUUCAGCAUAGAGAGAGAGGCUAGGCUACACCGGCAGGCUGCAGCUGUAAAUGAAGCUACCUGUACCUGGAGUGGCCAGCUUCCUCCCCGGAACUAUAAGAACCCCAUCUACUCAUGCAAGGUGUUCCUAGGAGGCGUUCCUUGGGACAUUACAGAAGCUGGAUUGGUUAACACCUUCCGUGUUUUUGGCUCUCUGAGUGUGGAGUGGCCUGGUAAGGAUGGCAAGCACCCCCGGUGUCCUCCCAAAGGUAAUAUGCCUAAAGGGUAUGUGUAUUUGGUGUUUGAACUAGAGAAGUCUGUGCGGGCCUUGCUUCAGGCUUGUUCUCAUGAUCCAUUGAGCCCAGAUGGCCUGAGUGAAUAUUAUUUCAAGAUGUCCAGCCGAAGGAUGCGCUGCAAAGAGGUCCAGGUAAUCCCUUGGGUCUUGGCUGACAGCAACUUUGUCUGGAGCCCAUCUCAGAGGCUGGAUCCCAGCAGGACGGUGUUUGUUGGUGCCUUGCACGGGAUGCUCAAUGCUGAGGCUCUGGCUGCCAUCUUGAAUGACCUAUUUGGUGGAGUGGUGUAUGCUGGGAUUGACACCGAUAAGCACAAGUACCCCAUUGGGUCUGGUCGUGUGACUUUCAAUAACCAACGUAGUUACCUGAAAGCAGUCAGUGCUGCUUUUGUGGAGAUCAAAACCACCAAGUUUACCAAGAAGGUUCAGAUUGACCCCUAUCUAGAAGAUUCUCUGUGUCUUAUCUGCAGUUCACAGCCUGGUCCUUUCUUCUGCCGAGAUCAGGUCUGCUUCAAGUACUUUUGCCGAAGCUGCUGGCACUGGCGACACAGCAUGGAAGGCCUGCGCCACCACAGCCCCCUAAUGAGGAACCAGAAGAACUGAGAUUCCAGCUAGAGAAGCUGGCCUUGCCCAGUGGUCUAUGGCGCCCAAGGCUGGCAAGUCAGGUAGCAGCCUGUACCCUGCACUGGCGCCAAAGGAGCUAGCUUUCUGCAGACAAGGGAAAAUUUUAGUCACCUUUGUACUUGCUAAAUAUGUCUUUGUUUCUGCACUAAUUAAUGCACAAUGAGUUUUGUCAGGUUUUGUUUUCAGGGGGGGUGUGCCAGAGCAAGGACCCUCAGGCUCACCCUCAAGCAACUGUAGUUUUCCCAGAUUCUAAUUCCUGAUUUUGCAAACGAAAAGAAAACAACAACAACAAACUAUGUGUCCAGAAGGUAUUGGCACAGAUGUGUACCUUUAGGUUUAUUUAUUAAAAUGCUUUUUACAUUCCUUGCAAUACUGACGGUGGUGAUGCGCAGGACUCAUUGGUUCAUUCUUGCAGUUGCCAUACAGUGCCUUUCCAUUUAUUUAAUCCCCACCUGAACGGCAUAAACUGAGUGUUCAGCUGGUGUUUUUUACUGUAAACAAACAAGGAGACUUUGCUCUUCAUUUAAACCAAAUCAUAUUUCAUAGUUUACGCUCGAGGGUUUUUACUGGUUCCUUUUUACACUCCUUAAAACAGUUUUUAAGUCGUUUGGAACAAUAGAUUUUUUUUUUCCUGGCAGCUUUUAACAUUAUAGCAAAUUUGUGUCUGGGGGACUGCUGGUCACAGUUGCAAAUCAAAGCAUUUGUAACCAAGAGAAAAAUUAUUUUAUUUAAAACUGGACCGGAGGAAAAAAAUUACGUCUGAGCAGCUGCUGUAUAUAGUUUAAAAUGGUUUGUCGCGCCUUCUUACGUUGCACUUACGUGGGGGGAGGGUUGAUAGGAGUUUUUAAUCACAGUCACAGGACUUUUUCUUUUGUAACUGAGCUUAAAAAUUAUAAAAAAAAAAAGGGCUGCUUUUUGGUGGGGGCAGGUGAAGGCUCACAGGAGCCCUUUCUCUUAGAGGGGCAAGUACCCUUCUUACGUCUUUUAUUUGAAGAGUGUACGAAUCAACAGUUACAGUUGACAAGAAUGCUACUGGAAUUUGAAAACUUGACUCUUCUUUUUCUUUUUAAUUUAAUUACUACUUGCCCCUCUUAGGGAAGCUGUGUGCCAAAGAACCAGUGUCAUAACCCCCUCCUCCCUCCUGCUGAGCUGAUGUUGCAUUGUUGCAUAUCCCAGCUACUCUGUGGGUUUUGUGAAGCUGUGUGUGAAGUCUCUACCUCAUUGUUGUAUAUGCAGGCAAGACUGCACUCUCCUACAGGUGUGUGGAGUAAGCUGUGGUGUACUUUUUUUGGCACAUAAUAAACACGUUGCAGCAAA